AUAAGUAGUAAGCCAAGUGAUUUCUUCCACUAAUCCAAAGUUCUAAUUGUUGAGAAAAUGGGGGCCAACAACUCUUCUUCUUGGAAACAAACUAAUAAUAAUGCACUAGCAUUAACUCUACCCAUGAAGAAUCAAGUCAUUCAUUUCCAUUCCUCAACAACAUGGAAAAUCCAUUUUGAUUCUUUGAAACAAACUAACAAGUUGAUUGUUAUUGACUUCACAGCUUCAUGGUGUGGUCCUUGCCGACACAUGGAGCCAGUUAUCAAUGACUUCGCCUCUACAUAUACAGACGUCGUGUUCAUCAAGAUUGAUGUGGAUGAACUAGAUGACGUAGCUCAAGAAUAUGGGGUGCAAGCAAUGCCAACGUUCGUGCUCAUAAAGCAAGGGAAACUAGUUGAUCAACUUGUGGGAGCAGAUAAAGAUGGACUGAAGAAAAAGAUUGAAAUAAACAAAGCUUAAGAAACCAAAAAAUAGCAGUAUUGCUUCAAUAAGAGUGACAAUAGAACUAUUACCAUUGUUGUAUUUGGUUUGAAUAAGAAGAUGCCUUGUUUAUUUUGUGUUUCA